AUGUUCCGCCGCCUGCGCCGUCCCCGCGGGGCGGUCCCGGUGCCGGAGCCGGCGCUGCCGGCGGCGCUGGGCUCCCUGUACCGCUCCAAGCUGCUGCCCCUGGAGCGGCUCUGCGGGCGCGCGGGGCUGCGCUGGCCCCCGCUGGGCCCCGGCGACUUCGAGGCCAAGCCCAUGGUGCUGGUGCUGGGCCAGUGCUCGAGCGGGAAGAGCUCCCUGAUCCGGUACCUGCUGGAGGAGCCGGUGCCGGGCGCGCGCCUGGGCCCCGAGCCCAGCACCGACGGCUUCGUGGCCGUGAUGCACGGCCCGGGCCCGGGGCUGAUCCCCGGCAACGCCCUCGUGCUGGAUCCCAGCAAACCCUUCCGGCAGCUGGAGGCCUUCGGCAGCGGCUUCCUCAACCGGUUCGUUUGUGCCACGCUGAACAAUCGGGUGCUGGAGAGCCUCACCCUGAUCGACACCCCCGGGAUCCUGGCGGGGCCCAGGCAGAGCCUCUGCAGGGGCUAUGACUUCCCAGCGGUGCUGCGCUGGUUUGCCGAGCGCUCAGACCUGGUGAUCCUGCUCUUUGACGCGCACAAGCUGGAGGUGUCGGAGGAGCUGGCGGCGGCGCUGGCGGCGCUGCGGGGCCACGAGGAGAAGCUGCGCGUGGUGCUCAACAAGGCCGACGCCGUGGGCGCCCAGCAGCUGCUCCGCGUCUACGGGGCCCUGCUCUGGGGCCUGGGCCGCGCCCUGGACGCCCCCGAGGUGCCCCGGGUGUUCGUGGGCUCCUUCUGGGACCGGCCCCUGCUGCAGGACGGCCACCGGCGCCUCCUGGAGACCGAGGAGCGGGCGCUGUUCCGCGAGAUCCGCGAGCUGCCGCGCAACGCCGCGCGCCGCAAGCUCAACGACCUGGUCAAGAGGGCCAGGAUGGUGCAGGUGCAGGCGCUGCUGCUGCGGCGGCUCCGGGAGGAGCUGCCGGCGCUGCCGGGCGGCCGCAGGAGGCGCCUGGAGCAGCGGCUGCCGGCGCUGCUGGGCCGGAUCCAGAGCGAGCAGCGGAUCCCGCCCGGGGAUCUGCCCGACUGCGCCCACAUCCAGGAGCAGCUGCUGGCCCAGGACCUGUCCCGCCUGCCCCGGCCGAAGCAGCGGCUCCUGACCAAGCUGGAGGAGCUGCUGGGCCGGGACCUGCCCGCCCUGGCCCCGCUGCUGGCCCAGGAGGCCCCGGACGAGCCCGGCGUGCGCGGGGGAGCCUUGGACGGAGCCCUGGGCCCCUUCGGCGCCGCCGGCUCCGAGGACGACGACAACGACGAGGACGAGGAUGGCGACGAUGACGAUGAGGAGUGGGUGGUGAUGAAGGACAAGGCGAAGUACGACGAGAUCUUCUACGGGCUGGCGCCCAGCGGGGGCAAGCUGAGCGGGAGGAGGGCCAAGGGCUGGAUGGUGGCCAGCAACCUGCCCAGCUCGGUGCUGGGGCGCAUCUGGCAGCUCAGCGACGUGGACAGGGACGGCAUGCUGGACCACGAGGAGUUCGCGCUGGCCGGGCACCUGAUCGGGGCCAAGCUGGAGGGACGGGGGCUGCCGGCCGACCUGCCGCCACGCCUGGUGCCACCCUCCAAGAGGAGGCACAAGGGCUCUGCUGAGUGACCCCAAAAUGCCAUUAUUAACCCCAAAAAUCCACCCAGAAAUAGCCCAAAAUCAGGGAUUCCCAGACGCCGCCACGCCUGGUGCUGCCCUCCAAGAGGAGGCACAAGGGCUCUGCUGAGUGACCCCAAAAUCCCUGAAAAUCCACCCAAAAUCUGCCCAGAAAUAGCCCAGAAAUAGCCCAAAGUCAGGGAUUCCCAGACGCCGCCACGCCUGGUGCCGCCCUCCAAGAGGAGGCACAAGGGCUCUGCUGAGUGACCCCAAAAUCCCCAAAAUUCCACCCAGAAAUAGCCCAAAAUCAGGGAUUCCCAGACGCCGCCACGCCUGGUGCCGCCCUCCAAGAGGAGGCACAAGGGCUCUGCUGAGUGACCCAAAAAUCCCCAAAAAUCCACCCAAAAUCAACCCAGAAAUAGCCCAAAAUCAGGGAUUCCCAGACGCCGCCACGCCUGGUGCCGCCCUCCAAGAGGAGGCACAAGGGCUCUGCUGAGUGACCCCAAAAUCCCCGAAAAUCCACCCAAAAUCCAGCCAGAAAUAGCCCAGAAAUAGCCAAAAAAUCUGCUCAGGGACCAGCCAGAAAUACACCAAAAAUCCACCAAAAAAAACCCCCUAAAAAUCCACCCUAAAAUCCCCCAA